AUGCAAGUAUCUCAUUUUCUGCUAUGUCUCUUAACUCAUUUUAGGAAAGAUCGUGACCGGGACAGGGACCGUGAUGACCGUUCUAAAGAUCGUGACAGGGAUCGUGACAGAGAUAGAGAUCGCGACAGAGAAAGGGACAAGGAAAAAGAUUUGCGAUCUUCAUCUAACUCUGCAUAUUAUGCGGCUGCUGGGUUACCAACUAUAAAACCAGCAAUGAUUCCACACAGUAUCAACCCUUUCACAAAUCUACCACAUACACCACGAUAUUACGACAUCCUGAAAAAAAGGCUACAACUUCCUGUCUGGGAAUAUAAAGAAAGAUUUACAGAUAUUUUGAUUAGGCAUCAGUCAUUUGUGCUGGUCGGUGAGACUGGAUCUGGUAAAACAACACAGAUCCCUCAAUGGUGCGUUGACUACAUGCGCUCAUUACCUGGACCAAAGAGGGGAGUAGCAUGUACCCAGCCUAGGAGAGUAGCUGCAAUGAGUGUUGCACAGCGGGUUGCUGAUGAGAUGGAUGUCAUGCUGGGCCAGGAGGUUGGUUAUUCUAUUCGAUUUGAAGACUGCAGUAGUGCAAAAACCAUUUUGAAGUAUAUGACUGAUGGUAUGUUACUUCGUGAAGCAAUGAAUGAUCCUUUGCUGGAGCGCUAUGGUGUUAUAAUUCUUGAUGAGGCCCAUGAGAGGACACUGGCUACUGAUAUUUUGAUGGGAGUUUUGAAGGAAGUUGUAAGACAAAGAUCUGAUUUGAAGGUUAUAGUUAUGAGUGCUACUUUAGAUGCUGGCAAGUUUCAGAUCUAUUUUGAUAAUUGUCCUCUUCUAACUAUCCCGGGUCGCACGCAUCCUGUGGAGAUAUUCUAUACUCCAGAACCAGAAAGGGAUUACCUUGAGGCUGCCAUUCGAACCGUGAUCCAAAUUCACAUGUGUGAAGAAGAGGAAGGAGAUCUCUUACUCUUUCUUACUGGACAGGAGGAGAUUGAUGAAGCCUGCAAGAGGAUAAAACGUGAAAUUGAUGAUUUAGGCCCUGAAGUUGGUGACAUCAAAAUCAUUCCAUUAUAUUCCACCCUUCCUCCACAGCAACAGCAAAGGAUUUUUGAACCUCCCCCACCAAAAAAACAAAACGGAGCAAUAGGAAGAAAGGUUGUUGUGUCCACUAAUAUUGCUGAGACAUCAUUAACAAUAGAUGGUGUUGUGUUUGUGAUUGAUCCUGGCUUUGCAAAACAGAAGGUAUACAAUCCUCGUAUCAGAGUGGAGUCUCUCUUGGUGACUGCAAUUAGUAAAGCUUCUGCUCAGCAGCGAGCUGGCCGUGCUGGUCGUACUAGACCGGGCAAGUGCUUCAGGCUUUAUACAGAGAAGGCUUACAAAACUGAAAUGCAGGACAACACAUACCCUGAAAUUUUGAGGUCUAACUUAGGAUCUGUAGUAUUGCAGCUGAAGAAGCUUGGUAUAGAUGAUUUGGUGCACUUUGAUUUUAUGGAUCCUCCAGCUCCAGAAACACUGAUGAGAGCCUUAGAGCUUUUGAAUUAUCUGGCUGCUUUAAAUGAUGAUGGAGACUUGACUGAGUUGGGAUCCAUGAUGGCUGAAUUUCCAUUGGACCCGCAACUGGCUAAAAUGGUUAUUGCAAGUUGUGACUACAACUGUUCUAAUGAGGUCCUAUCUAUUACUGCCAUGUUGUCAGUCCCACAGUGUUUUGUUCGCCCCACGGAAGCAAAGAAAGCAGCAGAUGAAGCCAAGAUGAGGUUUGCCCACAUAGAUGGAGAUCAUUUGACGUUGCUGAAUGUCUACCAUGCUUUCAAACAAAGUUUGGAAGAUGAUGAGCUUAAUUAUGGUGACAAUAGGUUUGAGUGUUUAUGG